AUGUGUGUGUGUGUAUGUGUGUUUUAUAUUUUUUCAUUGUGCCUUGGGCUGUACGAUGGUGGUGCCGGUGUGAUUCUCAACUGGAGAAGUGAAAUCUGCCUUUCAUUUAAGGUAGUAUUUACGGGUGAGCGAAAUGAGGAGAUCCAGUCGCGAGGCGAGGGUAAAUGCGGUGACAUUUACGUUGAAUGUGUAUGCCUUUGCGCAGCGUCGUUGUGCAUUUGCCCUCAGUGA